UCUUGUCAAAAAUUUAAACGCAUUUUAUUUGAAACCACAUUUUUAAAGAUUCGAGGAGAACUGUAAACUGUAAAUUUCAACUGAAUCGCAAUUUGAAAUAUUUUACACAUCGAUACUGAAGUAUAGAGCGCCAAAAUAAUUUAACAAUAACUUUUUUUUUUAAUUAAACACACAACACAAAACAAAUUCAAAAAUUCGCCAAUUUGUUUUGUUCCUCCACAAAGUGGGUGCUUCAUCGAGUGACAUCAUUUUUUUUCAAGGAGCCUACUUUGGCCAUGAUUCCACACAAAUCAUUUGAAAAUUGCAAAGUAAUCGUGUAUUAAAUUCUUAUUAAAAGAAAUAUUCAAUAACGUUCAAAUUUCAGGCGCACACUGUACUACGACCAUAAUUACGAUUAUCCAACCAGGAUUCAUAUGCACGAACCUCAGCUGAUCCACCUACCAGUAGUUCGUAAUUCAACAAGUUUCCCCAACCCUGCUCAAAUGACAAUUCCCAUUCGAAAUGUCAGCUGUCAGUUUCUGCAAAUUGACGUCGCCUCAGUAAUUACCUGCCAACUUCACGACUGUUGUCCUUGUUUAUGUUGACAGAUGGUCUUUUUUAAUUAAAACGGGAGAAUAAAUUGAGAAAAAAGCUAUCAUAAAUGAAAUUCGCGGUUCGUUUUUGAGUUUUUUAAGUUUUGCUUAUCACGAAGCUGAAUAGUGUUAAUAUGUUGACGCACAAGAGUUGUCAGGGGUCGCGGAAAAAAAAUGCAGGUAUCAUUCGUGAUCCGCGACGCAGAAGAAAAACAACAUCGGAACGGUGUUAAUGCUUUACAGUUGGACUCUAACAGUGGAAAACUUUACUCAGCCGGAAGAGAUGCAAUCAUACGAGUAUGGAACACAGAACCCACAGAUUCCCAAGAUCGAUACAUACAGAGUAUGGAGCAUCACAACGACUGGGUCAAUGACAUCGUUCUAUGUUGUAGUGGAAGAAAUCUUAUAAGUGCCAGCUGUGAUACUACCGUAAAAGUCUGGAAUGCUCAUAAAGGAUUUUGUAUGUCAACACUUCGAACGCAUCGAGAUUACGUGCAAGCAUUGGCCUACGCCAAAGACCGGGAACAAGUAGCGAGCGCUGGUUUAGAUAAAGCCAUAUUUCUCUGGGAUGUCAAUACUUUAACAGCAUUAACUGCCAGUAACAAUACAGUUACAACUUCUAGUCUAGCCGGUUCAAAAGAUUCAAUAUAUAGCUUAGCUAUGAAUCCAUCCGGCACCGUUAUAGUAAGUGGAUCAACCGAAAACACCUUACGAAUAUGGGACCCACGGACUUGUGGACGAAUAAUGAAACUCAAAGGUCACACGGAAAAUGUGAGAGCGCUGGUUGUUUCGCCUGAUGGAUCGCAAGUGGUUUCGGGCAGUUCGGACGGUACAAUAAAAUUAUGGAGUUUAGGGCAGCAACGGUGCAUUCAAACUUUGCCUGUACACAAGGAAGGGGUGUGGACGUUGCUUAUGACCGAAAAUUUUACGCAUGUUAUCUCUGGAUCGAGGGACAAACGAAUCUUACUUACAGAGCUUCGAAAUCCCAGUAAUAGUGUUUUAGUUUGUGAAGAGUAUGCACCAGUUUUAAGUUUAUGUUAUAAUGUUGAUAAGACAGGAGUUUGGGCUACGACAUGGAACUCUGACAUCCGAUGUUGGAAACUGCCGACACACGACAGAAGUGCUGUAAAUUCAUCGACUGAUAGUAGUAGUGGUUGGAAAGGCCAUGAACAAGUUUGUAUUAAAGGAGGUGCCGCAAUCAAGAAAUGUGUUGUCCUUAACGACAAACGACACAUUGUCACCAAGGACACAGAGGACAAUGUAGCAAUUUAUGAUGUAUUGAAAGUGGUCAAGGUUACGGACUUAGGGAAAAUUGAUUUCGACGAAGAAGUUAACAAACGAAAUCAACGUGUUUACGUUCCAAACUGGUUUACUGUCGAUUUAAAGACUGGAAUGCCGACAAUAGUUUUAGGACAAGAUGAGGUUGAUUGUUUCGCAGCUUGGGUGUCAAUUGAAGCCGGUCUUCCAGAACAUGCAGAGCCAGGAACAGAUCUUAAAAUUAAUUAUGGUAGGUUGUUACUUCAAGCAUUAUUAGAAUACUGGUCGCCGCCUCAUAGUUUACCAUCUAGCGAAUUAGAUCCCGAAAUCAAGGGAAAUAUUUAUUUUCAAGUUCCAAAACAUACACCUGUUAUAUUUAGCGAGGUCGGUGGGCGAACUGUUUGCAGAUUACUUGUUCGUGAUGCGGCUGGGGAAAGUGAGAGUGCUUUGUUGCACGAAACAGUCCCGCAAUGGGUGACGGAAGUGGUAAUCGAACGAGCUAUUCCUAAAUUCACAAAAAUUCCGUUCUAUUUGCAACCCCAUCCUCUUAUGGUUAAGCCUGAUCGAAUGAAAAAGGAUAAACUUGUAGCUAAUGAAUUUAUUCAGUGUAGAAAAGUUUGUGAACACGUUUUAGAAAAAGUUCUAGGACCUGAAAUAACCCCAAGCGGUGGAAAUGCUUCCAAUUCAUCUCAGAAUAGUCAAAGUGAUGCCAACUCCGAAGGUUCACAAAUUCCACCCGAGGAUCGUAUAGAAUUACUAUGUAAUGAUGUGGUUGUCGAUCCGAAUAUGGAUUUACGAACAGUUCGUCACUUCAUUUGGAAACAAUCAGGCGAUUUGACAUUUUACUACAAAGUUAAGCCAAAUUUCAAUUACGAUACAAAGAACUAACAGUCAAAGUAGUUGUGACUCUAUUAUGCUAUCGCAUCACAAGCGGGUGAUGCCUUCCAUGUAUCGUGUUGGCGUAUGCGUAUGUAGACCGCGGCAACGAGAACAGCUACAACGAUUGACGAAAGGGAAACCCAAAAGGGGAGCAAGCUGGCAACGUUGUUAAAAGGCUCAAUCAAAUCGCUAAUACUUAGGAUUCUAAAGAGCAAUAAUAAUUAAAUAAAAGAAUUCUUUCUUAAUUCCGAAUGUAAAAAAUCGAAAACAAUUAUAUAUGGAAAUCAAAAACUCACAGAAGGCGAGAGGAACAUCUGCGAGAAGGGAAAAAACAAACAACUCUUUUUAAAUAUUUAUAUUCUUUUGUAUAUUUUAUGUAUAUAAACUAUAUCAGUGGAAGCAAAAGUGGAGAGAAACAUAUUCCAAAAAUAUAUCUUUACUAUCUAAGCUACAAUAAUUUAUAUUCAGAAAAGUCUCUCAGAAACAAAUAUUGAAGGUUUUCCCUUUUCUUGUUCGUUUAUUUCGCUUCGUCAACUUUGUUUUCAAAUAUUUGUUUGGUAAAGAAAAGUGUAAACUAGUUGUGUUAUUAUUGUGAUAACGUAAUAUUCGAUUAAAACAUGAAUACGACUAAAUUAUUGACUAUGAUUAGAAACGAACGUAAGAAAACUAACAAAAAAAUAUUUCGAGAAUCAGUUACGGCAAGCAAAAUUGUAAAAUGCAUAAUUCUAUAGGUAAAUGGCUUAAAUAAUACUAAAGCUGGAUUCACGCGAGGAGAAUGCCCGGAGGCAGUUAUUCAUUCGAUUGUAUAUACCAACGCCAAAAACAGAAUGAGAAUCAACCAAGUGCGGAGUAUUCGUUGUUUCCACAUGUCUUGAAUAGUGUGCGGCAUUAUCUGACAGUACAUUUAUACAUAGAUAUAUAUAUAUGAAUAGAAAUGACAAUUCCACAUAUGCAUAUGUAUCUGAUGUGAAAUUCUAAUUUCAUCUUUUAUAAUUUUUUUGAUAUACAUAUUGUGAAUGAAAUUUGAAAUGUAAUUGAGAAGAAACUCCUAAAAUAACAAAAAAAACUACAAAUAUUUAUUUGGCUGUAAACGAAAUAGUUAUGACGUAGGGAUACAAGAUAAAAAAGAAGAUGAAAUAUUGUAAAUGAAAACGAGAAGAGUAAAAAACAGUAAAAUUA